AUGGACCGCCGCAGCUGGCUGUGGAGGCGCAAGUCUUCAGAAAAGAUUCCCGGCGAGACGGAAAGCUCUGGAUCGGCUUCAUCCCAGUCCGAGAGGUGCUCGGAUGAUCAGGUCUGUUCCGCCGCUCUCCUCCAGUAAUGUGGCCCGUCGCACAAUUUUUUUUUGUUGUUUCCCUAAGUGGAACUCAGUCUUCCAAUGCCGGUACGCAGCAUCCCUAUAUUCUAUGGAAUGAUGCUCCGGAAAUGCAUGUAUUUCGUUCAGAGAUAUAUGCUUGUGCAGUAGGACUGAUUCUUGGCAUAUUCUUAUUGCGGGGUCAACGGAUCUUGGUAUCGAAACGAUCAUUGAUAUCAAAACAUGUGAAAUGAACCCAAAUAUUCCUGCGUGCUGUCUACUUGUCAGAGAACGGAAACAAAUUGAAAAAAAAACCCGUCUAAUUUAAGUCAGCGGAUUUUUUUUUAAUAUCGUUUUGCACGACUAAUGGAGUUUCUCUCUUGACUCGCAGGCUACACGUGCUGCUUGUUUGUGUUUUUAGAAUUUUUACCCUGUGGCAUUGCGUAAUAUGUCUUCUGUGCUCCCCCCCCCACAUCGUAGUUUGGUUUUGAUCUGGUCUUCUGUUAGCGUCUGCUGUAUCUGUUUCCUCUGAGGAAAGCAUGGGCCAUUGCAUGGUGGUUGGCUCCUGAUGCUUGUGUCUACGUUAAUGUAUACCCCAUUCAAACCAUUUUCAUUCUUCAUGUGAACUAUGGGUUUGAAGAGGUUAUCAGGAAAAAACCAUAGCCGAGAAGCACGCUUCAAUUUGAUUAUAUUUAAGAACACUUUCUGAUUGUCUUUGUUACAACUAAAACAAUACCAAAAGUGAGGAACAUCAUGGUAAAUGGUUGUAGAUCAGAAACAUUUUUGUGCAAAAAAAAUCAGUCUUUCAUUAAAGUGGCUUCUUAUUUAUUUUUUCGUUUCAUCGUCUUUGGUUUUCCCAAUCUGCUUUUUUUUUUUUUUUUGACUAUUGAUUGAUGGGGCCCACUACGAAGUAAAGUGGAUAGAACCAACAGAGGAACUUUUUCGAAUUAACUAGGUUGAUGCUGGGUGAUGUGUUUGAUGUUUUUUUCCUCUUGUUCCUCUAGCCUUGUUAAUAAGCUUCAGGAAACAGAAUUGAACUUUGUCCAUGGGUACGUUUAUUGUAAUCACAUGAUCACAGAACCUCAUAUCUCAUAGUUUUUCAAAUUGUUCUUGUCCGCUUUGUCAAUUUUUGUUAGAGAUCUAGGACGGUCAUAAGCUAGUCGCUGGUACAUGAGACAUGAAACAUAAAACAUGUUAUAUUUAGAGGUACCUUUCAAUACUAUGGUUCGUGGUAGUAACUUUUAAUUGCUUGGCUGCCGAUGCAGGAGGUCUCAAAGACUUCUCCUGACGAUGCACAAUCUCCUGAAGUUUCCUCACAUGUUGAAAGUUGUGUGGAUGAUGACACUGUAAAGAUACUGACGGACAAGCUCUCAGCUGCACUCCGGAAAGUCCGUGCAAAAGACGAUUUGGUGAAGCAACAUGCAAAAGUUGCGGAAGAGGCGAUUUCUGGUAAUUUGAUCGACAUCUUUGUGUUUAACUUGUGGCAAUGUGCUUCAUGGGAUGAAUGACUGCAAAUAUCAAGUUUGAAUUUCAUCACUGAAAGGUUCUGUGUACUUUUUGUUUGACCAUAUUCGGUAGGAGUUGCUCACGCAAUUUCUCAAGGAAAGAAAUGAUGGGAGAUUUAUGGUUUUCCAUUUUUAGCUCUUCUAUUUAUGUAUCUUUGAUCUAUUGUCUUAUGAGGCAAGAAUAGGGUAUCCUGGGGGCUUGAGAGUGAUGUUCAAAAUUGACAAUGCUUGAGGUAUUCAUUUCUUUUCAAUCGUUGAUUGCUUUCCACCUUGAGAAAAUCGGUGGGCGACAAUGUAAUUAGAGAUCCAAACUCUGGGUGACGAUCAUUGCCCUCUGACUUGCGCUUUUGUCUUCUCUUUAGCUUAUGCAUGAGUCUCACAUUGCAUUAUGUAAAAGCAUUAAUGCUUUAAAAUUUCCAGAAACCUGAAAUGCUUACCAUAUGGCUUGAACUCACAGCUGCUCUUUUAUGUUGCUCUGUAUUUCCACUCACAAGUUUCAACUAGGCUGGUCAUAUUUCAUUCAUUCCAUUCAGGUCUAGCGUCUACUAUAGGAAGAGCCAAAUGGUAGAAAGGAAUAAAAGAAAAGAGACUGUGAAUUAAUGGGAAGUUAAUCUUUAUCUUUCUCCAGCCUAUUGUCAGAUACCAUCGACCUACAUUUGGCGGAGGGGUUCCUCUUCCCUCCCAACCCAGGUAAGAGGUGAGAGGAUCACUGUGGGUGGGGAGAGGGGGGUUGGUGCUAUGGAUUUUAUCCUAGAUAUGUUUCUUCCUUUGAUUUCCGAACUUAAUUUUAUAUGUCUUGUCUCUACAACUGAUCUGGGAUUCAAUCCUGAUUCUACGUUUCGUGGUUUCCACUCAAAUCAUGUUAGAAUGCCAGUUCAUAAUAAUUUAAACCAUAUUUUUGACUAGGUGCCUUGGCAUCACCAUCAACACAUGGUACAUACUUAUCGUGUUUCUUUGAUGUGUCUGAGAAACAUUAUUGGUGAACCAUAGUGGCCAUGGUUAGAAUAUUACACGGAAAAUUUAGUACCAUCUUGUCUGGUUAGAAUUCUCUGUAUCUUCUUAUCUGGUGCUUCCUUUUCCCUCUUUUUUUUCCCUUCAAUUAUAAUAUUCGCAAUAUGUUAUGUGCGCCAGUUUUAAAGGUUCUUUUGAUGAUAAGUGUGCAGAUUUUUUCUUCUUCUUUAUUUCAUAAAAAUUAUGGAAGUUGCCAUAUCUCUUCCAUAAAUGGUGCAUAGUUUCCUGAUAUUGUCCUUCUGGAUGGACGAAAUAGGAUGGGAGAAGGCUGACAAAGAAGCUGCAUCUCUGAAGCAGCAGCUUGAAACUGCACUUCAAAACAACUCUACCCUUGAGGAUAAAAUUAACCAUCUUGAUGGAGCGCUCAAGGAAUGUGUACGGGAGCUUCGACAAUCGAGAGAGGACCAAGAACAGAGACUCCUGGAUGCCGUGGUCGAGAAGAGCCAUGAAUGGGAAUCUGAAAAAAAUGAUCUUAAGAACCGAAUCAUUGAGCUUGAAGCGCAACUGGAGGCUGCAAAAGAAGUAUCUGCCUCAUUUAGUCAUGACUUUCAGAUGAAGCUUGAUGCCGUGGAGAAAGAAAAUGAAUAUCUCAGGUCUGAACUUCUUGCUCAAUCAGAGGAACUCAACAUCCGGACUCUAGAGAGAGAAUUGAGCACACAGGCGGCAGAAACAGCUAGCAAACAGCAUCUAGAGAGCAUAAAGAAGGUGACGAAGCUCGAGUCAGAGUGCCUCAGGCUUCGUGCCAUGGCCUGUAAAAAAUCAUCUAAUGAUCUCAAGCCAAUCAUUACCACGGUUAGUGUUGAAUCUCUUACUGAUAGCCAGUCAGAUAAUGGGGAACGACUGCUUGGAUUGGAAAAUGAACCAAGUUGUUCAGACUCAUGGGCAUCAGCUCUGAUCGCUGAGCUUGACCACUUCAAGGCUGCUGGGCGGAACCCUUCAGUGCCAUCCCCAGAGAUUGACCUCAUGGAUGACUUUGUUCAGAUGGAGAAACUUGCUGCUUUGUCUGAGGCGGCCUGUGAUCACCCUUCCACUGAACCCCGAGUUGAAGCUCCCAUAGUUGACUGUGUAAGUGACUCAUUGAAGGCAGAACUGGAAGCAUUGCGUCUAAAGAGUUCUCAGUUUGAAGAGAAGAUUCAAACGCUAGAAACUGAGAAAGUAGAUGUGGAAAUAUUAUUGUCUGAAACCCAGGACCGUCUCGAGGAUGCAUGCAAACAGCUCGAAGAUGCUGAGGAGAAGCUGGCUGAUCUGCAAAAAGAGCUACGGUUGACUAAUGAUUCUAGACGAGUUGCGGAGACUGCAGUAGAUUCAGCGGAAACAGGGAGAAAAUUAUUGGAAACUCAGCUUGAGACUGCACGGUCUGAAGUGCAGGCUCUACGGGAAAAGAUUGAGAGAUUAGAGAGGAAGAUUGAAGAAGAGAGAGUCUUGUCGGCAGAGUUAGCCUGGAAGUGUCAGAAUCUUGAGGAUGAGUUGUUUAGAAGGAGUCAAGAAGCUGAACUUCUGAGAGCCACCCUCUUAAAUGGAGAGCUGAAGAUUAAGCAGGUGAACAUAUUUGCAAAACUUAUUUCUUUCUUUACUGGUUCUGGAGAACACUAAUAAUUAGGCGCAAAGAACCAAGUGUGUUCCUGCGAGAUUCCUUAUAAUUCUAUGAAAAAUCUACUCGAUGGAUCGUCUUGUGCCCCCCUGGACUACACUCCGUCAUGUUGUUCUUGGCAAAUCAUGCUAUUUACAGAUGCCGUCAACUAUGAUUCUCACCUCUGUUCAAUAGUUUUCUCUCAUUGAUUUUCUCUAAGCAAAUAUUUGAGUGGUGUCGUCGAUUAUGAUUCCCGAAAUUAUCAUCAAUUUUGAUUAGAGUUAUUCUGUCAACAGGACAAGGAGCUUGCCGUUGCAGCUGGAAAACUUGCAGAAUGUCAGAAGACGAUCGCCUCCCUCGGUCAGCAGCUGAGAUCACUUGUAAACCUUGAAGACGAGAGCACCGAGCUUAAUGGAGGAUCCCCAGUUCCUCAUUACCCGGGAACCAGCGGUUCGUUUCUGAGUAAUUCUCUGGAGAGUGCAAACGGGACCAAUCUUCUGAAUGGGAGAGAAGAGAUUCAGUCUCCUUCAUCCUCUUCUUCCUCAUCUGUCUCUAAGCAGGGGCAGCAUCCACAUGGGCACUUGAGCUAG